GGAUCAGCAUCUGCUUCUAUCAGAAUUUGAAGCUCCUCCACUACGUCAGAUGCGCGCGGUGGAGGUGGGGGUACUAACUACUACGACAAGACCCAGCUUACUCUAUAUAUGUACUUUGACUGCUCAAAAAAAGCUCGCUCCCUUUCAAAGACAGGUGACAAAGGUUCCACCGCCCACAUUUCGGAUAAGUUGCCAAAGUUGAACAGAUUUUGUUCUGAGACCAUAUUCCUGCCAGAACAAUCCGGAAAACCAUUGCGCCAGCGCAACAAUGUUUUGAACAAACCGUGGGACAGUUUGUGGGCCAGGAAGCUUGUGCACAUGCCGCCAUCAACUAACAUAACCAACCUUUUGCCUCCGGAGUUUUAUCUACACGCCGUCUCACCAACGUUUGAACUAUCUCCGCCGCUCGUUUGGGUCACAGCUCUACGGCGCUGAUUGUUUUGAGCCCUGCGAGAACAACACGCAUCCCUGUGUAAUGGCCUUUGUCGCGCCUGGUGUUUCAGGAGGACGCACAUUCCAAGCGGCAGCACCACCUGCAGGACGUCCUGCUGUGCCGCGACUUGAGAAUGCCUCUCAAUUCUUGGCGAAGGGCUCUUCACUGUCCAUUGGCCUCUGUGCAGUGGUCCUUGCAAGUCAAGUGCAGAGGUCAGGGAUUUUGCGGCGGUCCCGGGCCAAGACAUCGCGAAAAAGCACAGCAAGCGGUACAACAGGAUCUUGCUGCAGGAAGUCGCAGUGCUUGCACCCAGACAAACCUGCGAUGUUUGCAUGCGCAGACUGCCCUCGCCGUACCAGCAAGAGUGCUUCUGAAGAGGGCUUGGAUUCCCAGCCAGUAGCAGUGGCAGCAUUCAUUGGUGAGGAAGUUGCCACCAAGGCAUGUGGCAGGAAGUCGCAGUGCUUGCACCCAGACAAACCUGCGAUGUUUGCAUGCGCAGACUGCCCUCGCCGUACCAGCAAGAGUGCUUCUGAAGAGGGCUUGGAUUCCCAGCCAGUAGCAGUGGCAGCAUUCAUUGGUGAGGAAGUUGCCACCAAGGCAUGUGGCAGGAAGUCGCAGUGCUUGCACCCAGACAAACCUGCGAUGUUUGCAUGCGCAGACUGCCCUCGCCGCAUGAGCAAGACUGCACUUGAGAUUGAGGGCUGCUAGGUCCGUAAAACAGAAGGGACGUGUCUUUUUUGUCAGGUGGGGUGCCCAAAGGUUUGUUAAACAGUUUUUUUGUUGAGUUGU